UGAAGACGAAAGUGAAUUGGAUGAUUUAUAUAUUUCUGAAACUUUUGAAGAUUAUUCGACGCUGAAAUAUGAACUAUAUCAAGAUAAAGAAGAGAAAAUAACAAUUGAUGAUCAAUUUGCAUGGAUUUUAUUAUAG